AUGGGAACAAAGUUCAAAUUAAACACCGGCGCCGAAAUUCCAGCUAUCGGCUUCGGCACCUGGCAAGAUGAAGAUGCACAGGAAGCGGCCGUGCUGGAGGCAAUCAAAGCCGGCUACCAGCAUAUCGACACCGCAACAGUUCGGUCAAGCGAUCAGAAAAAGUGGCGUACCCGAGAAGACCUCUUCGUCACCACGAAGCUAUGGAAUAACAAGCACCACCCAGAUGAUGUGGAAGAAGCUCUUCAACAAUCACUCGAAGAACUGAAUUUGGAAUAUGUGGAUUUAUACCUUAUGCACUGGCCAGUUGCCUGGAAACGCGGUGAAGAGCUAUUUCCGAAGCUCCACGGCAUGCCUGCAAUGGAAGAUGUUGAUAUAGUCUAUGUAUGGCAUGCACCCCGUAACAUUGAUGCCAGAUUCUAA